AUUAUGAAAAGGCGUUUGACAGUGUAGAUAGGAGAAAAUUAUGGAAACUUCUUCCACACUAUGGAGUUCCUGAGAACAUUGUCAACAUUAUUCGCAACUUAUAUGAUGGACUACAGUGCAAAGUCGUGCAUUCAGGACAACUGACAGAUGCAUUCCAAUGGUUGACUGGAUUGUGAAGACCUGGACAUCUGAGGUAAAGCACGGAAUACAAUGGACAUCUCAGAAGCAAUUAGGUGAUUUGGACUUCACAGAUGACCUAUCUUUUCUAUCCCAUACAUAUCAACAAAUACAGAUCAAGACAACUAGUGUAGCAGCGCCAUAAGCAUCAGUAGGCCUCCACACAGCUUCAUUGUUAUAUUUUGUUCUUUAAUAAGUAAUGAUGAAUGAUUGAGAUACAAUAAAAAUCCUACAUUUUCUUCUACCUAUUUACAUGCUUCAAUAGUUACCUAUGAAUUAACAGAAAUGAUGAGGAGUAUUAUAAAAUAGGAACACAUACACUGAGUUUUAAAUUGUCCAAAUGAGUUUUCUGCCUUGUAUAAAGAGGUUAGUUUAAUGAUUUUGGCAAAACUAUAAUUAAUGGAUGAACCAAUCAAAUUUAAGAGAACAAGUGGCGUGAAAUUCAACUAUCCAUUUGGCUAAAUAUCGUUUCGGCAUAAUAACUGAUGUCAGUUCAUGAUAAAAACCAUAAAUCUAAUUCCUAACCCUAAAGUACAGAUAUAAAUUCUAUUAUUGAUUCCUCAUAUUAAUUUAUAAUCCAUUGUUACUUUCAAUAAUGUUCAUAUUCAAUAGUUUCCAUAUACAUUUACGAUCAUUCUUGUUAUUGUUUGUAUAUUUAACUUGGAUCCAUUCAAUUGUACAAGCAAAUGAUAAUAAGAAUGAGACAGUUACAACGACGACGACGACAACAACAACAACAACAACAACACAUUCCAAUUCUACUCAUGAAAAUAUUUCAAAUACAUCAACUAUAACAAAUAGUACUUCAAGUAGACAUAGUGCAAUUCGAGCAGCAUCAUUUACAAUGACUGAUUCAUCAUAUUAUGAUUAUAAACCAAAUUCAAUGAAUCAUAAUGAAGGAUAUAAAAUAAAAUCAAAUGAACAUUAUGAUAAACAUAAAGUUAAUUAUGAACAAUAUUUUAAAAAUUAUGAUCAAUAUUAUCAUCGCAAACAUAAACAUCAUCAUCAUCAUCAUCAUCAUCGUCAUCAUCAUCGUCAUCAUCAUGAUCAUGAUCAUGGCGAUCAUGAUCAUAAUGAUCAUGAUCAUGAUCAUUCUCAUGAACAUUCUUCUAAAGAAGAUAAUAAUCCAAAGACAAUAUCAUCUGAAUGGAUCUAUGAUAAAUUAAAAGAAUAUUUAACUUGUAUCUAUGAGAAACAAAUUAAUUGUGAAGAUCAAUUUGUUACAGAAUUACAAUUGAAAUUAUUAAAAAUGCAAUCAAAUAAACAAAAAAAUGAUGAACAUUAUGAAUCAAUCUCAUCUGAAAAUAUGAAACAAAUUCCAAUUAUAUCCGUUGAAAUUGAUAAAACAUCAUUAGAAACAAAACAUGAAGAUGAUCAUCCACAUCCGGAACAUCAACAUAAAGAAGAACAUAAAGAAAUUAGAAAAGAUUCAUCUACUAUAUAUCAAACAAACAAUAAUCAAUUUGAAAUAAGUAAACAUAAAGAAAUAGAACAAACAGAGAAAUUUUAUUCACAUGAAUCUUAUCAAAGUUUAGAUAAUGAUAAAUAUUCAAGUUAUUAUCAUAAUGAUCAUCAUGAACGUCAUCAUCCUAAUCUUCGACAUCAUCAGAAUCAGCAUCAACAUCCUCCUCCACUUGAUCAUCAUCGUCAUAAAGAUCAUCCUGAUCGUGAUCAUCAUCAUCAUCAGCAGCAUUAUCAUCGUUCAUCUUCAUAUUAUAAAGAUGGAUGGAUGGAAAAACUAGAUAAAAUGUUACCAAGCUUGGAUGAUGAUGAUGAUGAUGAUGACGAGCAUCGUCAUAAACACAAAGAUAAACAUCCACAUCAUCAUCCAAUGUAUCGAAAGUAUUCAAAUAAAUAUUAAGUCAUUUACAAUGUUUCAUCAUCAUCUUCAACAACAACAACAACAACAUCAUUACCCAAAAGAACACCAUUAAUGUUAUCAAUAAUUCUUUGAUGAACAUUUCUAACGGUGAAAUAUUUUACAUUAUUGAAAUUUUUUUAUUAUAUGGUUAGUAAUAAACCUCUGAGAAUACUACUACUUAUACUACUCAUAAUCAAAAUAAUGAUGAUAAUAAUAUAUAAAUAUACCAGG